AUGGCUUUGCAUCGGCAUCAGUCAUCUUUAGAAAAGGUAUUGGACUUCUCGCAACCGUUCUCGCUAACUCCUCAACAACGUCAAGCGGCAACAACCCUUUUCAGAUACCUGAUCCAGCAUUAUGGCUUGGAGCGGACAAUACAGUCUGGUUACAAACCUGCAGCACUUAUCCAGGCCACAUUUGAGCAUGUUACUUCUAAAGAUGCAUUUCUCUUGUUCUUUUUCUCACACAUCUAUGAAAACCUAUGCUCAGGAGUAGCAAAUCCAAUUGACUCUGACAUUACCGUUGUCUUGUCCUUCUUCGAUGGUUUCUCUAGCUGGGAUCAGAAUCAAAAACAGAACGCCAAUGGCGCCAUUGAAAGUUUUGCUGAAUACAUUGUUGAGAAUUUCCUUCUUCCACUCAGAGCUUCCUCUGUGAAGACCCCGCAACCAACGCCAAGGUCAUUGUCCUCGAUACAGGCAUCCACACCUACUGGAACGACACAACGUGUAUCUAUUCUACGACAAAGUUGUCUCGUGCGUGAUCAUCACCGGUGUGUGGUUUCUCGGAAGUUUGAUAAAAGCGAAGCCGGCAAGCGGUGGAAGCAGGAUGGGGAAGAUUGCAAGGAUGAUGACGGAAAUCUAUUGAAAAACGAAUCAAGUGACCGAUUUCAAUAUCUGGAGGUUGCUCACAUUUUGCCCCAUUGUCUAACUACGGUUUCUUCCCGGGACAAUGAUCUGAAGAAUGUACUCCGGAUUUUAAAUAUGUUUGACUCUGGUGUUAUUCAUCUCAUUGAUGGCCCGAAGAUCGACAGCCCGUUGAAUGCUCUUACCUUGACACAUGAUCACCAUCGAUCGUUCGGUGAAUUCCAGAUAUAUUUUGAACCAACAAGCAAACCGUACGAGUACAGAAUCGAUUCAAUGGAGAGAAGCCCUUUUCUACGUGAUCCGCUGUUCCCUGUUACUCGCACACUCACCCUUAGUCCCAAUCAUAACAUUGAUCCACCAUCAGCUCGGCUCCUUGGUGUCCAUCGAGCCAUUGCAAAGAUUAUGAAACUUAGCGGCGCAGGCGAAUAUAUAGACACAAUCCUCCGAGACUUGGAGGAGGUUGAUGAUGUGAGGGCUGAUGGCUCAACAAACUUGGGGCACAUGAUGAGUUUACGACUUGGUGGCUGGGUGAACCCUUUGCCUGUAUUUUAA